GCAUCACAAUCGAAUGGGCGCUUGGUCUAGGGGUAUGAUUUGUAAGCAAUCUUGUUAAAUACACUCUCAAGAAGUUUCCUAACAUGUUAUAUAGUCGCUUCGCAUCCUCUUGCGUACUUGUGAAAGGUCGUGGGUUCAAUUCCCACAGCGUCCAAAGUCUUCUUUUUUGCACCUUUUUGUUCACAACACGGACAGGGGUUACGAUGUAUACGAUAGUGAUGGGGAAGGGAACUGUGCAUUUAUGCUAUCUCAUUCUGUCCUUCUUUAUGUACCUUCUCUACUCGCUUCUAUCCCAUACACAAAACAUUCUCCUUGAUCCACUUCACACUCUUUUCGUUUCUACUUUCUGCCUUCUCCACCACUCUGUCUUCUUCAAUCUCGUCUCUGCUCUCAUAUAUAAUAGUUAGCGUUCUCGUUGUAGUUGUCUUGCUUACUUCUGGUUCUCCUUUGCCUGUUUGUAGACAUUCUGGUAUCUGUUCAUGCUUGUACUUAGUGUUUAAUUUCUUCUUCCUAACACUGUUGUUACUUACUGGCAUAGCAUAGGUAUGUCUUCCUUUCCAGUUCUUCGCUUCUGCUUUCAUAACCAUGUUGAUGUUCUUCCUAGUCGACAGUCAGCAUUCUUUCUUUCUUCUUUGGAAUUCUGAGGACCAACAGAGGGGAUGACAUGAAAAUAUAUAUUUUGGCUCUGAC